CCGGCCAUGUCUCUGGGAGGUGAUGUGUGUGUGGUGACGGGAGCCUGUGGAUUCCUGGGAAGGAGACUGGUGAAGCUGCUGCUGGAGGAAGAGACGAUGGCUGAGAUUCGGAUGUUGGACAAACACGUGCAGCCUGGAGUUUUACAGACUCUGGAGGAUUGUAGAGGCAGCACACAGCUGAGUGUGUUUGAGGGAGACAUCAGGGACAGUGACUUCGUGAGGAAAGCCUGUCGAGGUGCGUCAGUCAUCUUCCACACGGCCUCCAUCAUCGACGUGAAUGAAUCGGUGGAGUACAGUGAACUGUAUGGCGUCAAUGUCAAAGGAACGCAGGUUCUUCUGGAGGCAUGUGUUCAGGAGAACGUGGUGUCCUUAAUCUACACCAGCUCCAUCGAGGUGAUGGGACCAAACCCCAAAGGUGAACCCAUCAUCAAUGGCAGUGAGGACACAGUUUAUGACUGUACCUUGAGGUUCUCCUACAGCAAGACCAAAAAAGAGGCAGAGCAGAGAACCCUGCUGGCCCACGGAGAGGUGCUUCAGAACGGAGGCCGACUGGCCACCUGUGCCCUCAGACCUAUGUACAUCUUCGGCGAAGGGUGUCGCUUCCUGCUGGGCCACAUGGACGACGGGAUACGCAACCAAGAUGUUCUGUUGAGAAUGUCUCUGCCAGAGGCUCGAGUGAAUCCUGUCUACGUGGGAAACGUAGCCGCGGCUCAUCUCCAAGCAGCUCGCGGCCUCAAAGAUCCACAAAAGAGAAAUGUGAUAGGAGGAAAGUUUUUCUUCAUUUCCGAUGACACGCCGCCGGUGAGCUACUCAGACUUCAACCACGUCCUGAUGGCGCCUCUGGGCUUCAACAUUCAAGAGAAACUCCGGCUGCCGCUCCACCUCCUCUACGCGCUCUGUUUCAUUUUGGAGAUCCUGUGCACGAUGAUCCGACCUCUCAUACGUGUCGCCCUGCCGCUGAACCGGCAGCUCCUCACCAUGUUGAACACGCCGUUCACCUUCUCCUAUCAGAGAGCCAAGGAUGAUCUAGGAUAUGACCCCAAGUACAGUUGGGAGGAAGCACGCAAACGCACCAUUGAGUGGCUCGCCUCAGAGCUUCCUAAAGAGAGGGAACGAAUUACAGCAAAAUGAUUAAAAGUUGUCAACUGUCUCUCCUCAAAUUGUUUGUCAUAUACAAAGGUUUUAACAAAGAAGGAGCUCAAAUUGACUAUUUGAAAAAAUAUUUUUUUCAAACACAACCUUUCCCUCAACUUAACCAAAGUAAUUGUGUUACUUAAACACAACCCUGACCCUGGGUAUUAAUGCGUUAAUGAAUGUGCAGCUUUAUUCAUUUAAUAAAUGUCCUUACCUGAGCUGUAAUGUUGCCCAAACCAUGUCAUUGAGAAAAACUGAUUUUGCAUUUUUUCCCACUAGG